AGUUUUUCGUCAUUCGUGUGGUGUGUGUUUAUUUGAAACGAAACGAAAUAAAAACGUGCCGUGUACAAAAUUUUAAGUGAAUAAUUAUUUUUAUUACCAAAUUGUCUGUGUCUUUACAAAAAUGCUUAAGAAGUUCGUGGAAGUCAAUGCGGAGGAGAGCCCCUCGGCCAAUCCGUACGAAGUGCGGACGUACAUGGGCAACGAGAUUCCAGAGGUCGAAUGGAACACCGAGACCUGCCCCCCUCGCGAACGCGUGUGCCCAAGAAAGCCUCCAAACUCCACAAUAUCGCAGGUUCUCACCAUCGAAGAUGAGAUUCGACGCAUCCACCAAAGGACGGAGGAGUCGCGUUUCGCGCAUCCCGCCAAGAAGACCUGCGCCCCUUACGACGAGUUUCCCAUGUGCGUGGUGCCGCAGCGAACGCCGGCAGAGCUGCGAACCCAUGCCGAGAUGCGUGAGCGUCUGCUGUUGGCCCGCAAGGACUAUGGCCUGGUCGAGCACGAUGCGCGGACUCGCAGAACCUGCCCCAAUGAUCUUGUCGUCCUCAACAGCCCCAUGAACAUGGGCGAGGAGGAAGAGCAGCCGGAAGAGGGCGAGGAGGAAGAGGCGGAGGUGAAGCCACAACUGGCAUCGCCCGAGUGCAGCUCGAACAUGAUCAUUAUACCGGAUAAUCGCAUGCUGGAGCUGAAGCGUCCCAAGAGUCGCAUUUACCUGAACGAAACACAAGUGGGUCCCCUGGAGGAGCUGCCAUUCCCCUCGUACAAUCCACGCAUCAUUCAGGAGGCUCUCGACGGCGAGAACCUAAAGACCUUCGAUCUGAUUGAGGGCUGCAGUCCGCAAGAUCUAUGGACCUGGAAUACCGGCUAUCAGAAGCGUGAAGAGCAGCUGGAUCAGGAGUUCAUCAACGCCUCACUGCCCCAGUAUGAAAACGACGGAGAGCUCACCGUCUAUAAUAUACCCGAGGAACUGGACACCACCUUCAAGGCGGAGAUUGUGUUUGGCAAUCGAAAUGUCUUUCCGGAGAAGGAGAAGGAAGAGGGUCGCAUGAGAUACUAUUAUCGGCCCAGUGAAAUUGCCUGCAUUAUCGUGGCCUAUGUGGAGAGUUUUCGCCUGAAUCCGGACUUCUGGACGGGCAGCACCAUGGACGGUAUACUGAAGCGUGGCGUUAGCCUGACCAAAAAGAGCAUCGCCCUGAACUACAAGGCGCCGGAGCUGUGCGACUUUGACAUUAUACCGCAGGUGAGCGAGCGCCAGGCCGAGGUGAACAUCAAGAUCCAUUUCUCGGGUCUGCUCAGGAACGAGCCGAACAUGUUCAAGGCCCUCUCGCUCUUCUUUACCAAAUACAACGCGUGCAUCUUUGUGUCGCGCGAGCUGUUUCUGCUGAUCUGGAAGCGGUGCCUCAACUCGUACUACGUCUUCGAUCCGAAUGGCCGCAAUGACAUGUGCCUGCGUGACUUUGAGGAGGGCAAGUGCUCGCUGAUGGCCACCCGCUACACGGAGCAUCUGGUGCAUCUGAUAACCAAAUUCAGUGAGCUCCAGCCGCAGGAUGAGUUCAGCAUCUACGAGAUAUCGCUGGCGCAGUACGGCAAGCUGAAGGGUGAGCCCCUCAAAAAGGACAAGAACAACAUGGAGGUGCACAAGCUGUGGGCGGUGGUCAAUGAACAUUUUGCGGUGAAGACAGCCGGCGAUGGGGGCAUCCAUCAGCCGAUAUCGGGCAACGAGAAGAACGGCUCGCUGGUCGUCUCACUGAUAGCCAUGAUCUAUGCGGAAUUCGAGCUGGCGAAGCUCUGGCGACCGAUGACCAUCGAUGACAUCAUCCGCUAUGGCACCGCCUACUACAAGACGCUGCGCAAGAAGUUCCGGCUGGACGGCAAGCGCUGGAAGAACAAGAAGCCGCAUCUGAAUGUCGUCGAUCUGCCGGAGAUGUUCCUCAUGGGCGCCUUCAAGGCGACGGUGCGCAAGCAGCCGUUUCUGAUCAACGGCCAUGUGGCGGACUGCAAGAGCUACCUGGACUCGCAGCUAACGAUGGCGCUGCAUCAGCUCUUCAAUAUGCCGCAGUGGCCGUCGGCGCUGCUGCAGAUCGACAACUCGGUGCUGGGCAUCUGGCGGGACAGGGAAUUCUUCUACGUGUUCGAUCCGUUCCGGCGCAAUCGCACCGGCAUGGUGGUGGAUCCGGACGACUAUCGGAUCAAGGGCCUGGCCGUGCUGCAGAUGCACGCCACCUUCGACUCCUUCUGCCGCGUGCUGUACAUGAAUGCCCUGAAGAUGCGGCGCGGCGGCAAGUUCUUCAUCCACGGCAUACGCACCGGCUGCAUCCGGCCGCUGCAGGUGAUGACACAGAAGACGAACAAGUUCCAGGCCCUGCAGAUGGGGCUGCCCACGUUCACGGACGAGCCCCCAGAGCCGGAGCUGAAGCAGAAGAAGAGCAUCGAGAGCAUACCCGACGAGGAGCGCAUACCAGUCAAGGAGGAGAAGGAGUGGAUCGAGGAUCUAAUCAAUGGCAUCAUCAACGAGGUUAUCCAAGGCCUGCCCGACCCCGCACUGCAGCGGCCGCACCUCUAUCCGCAGGCGCAGAAGGUGCUGCUGCGCACCGACAAGGAGACCCUGCGCGCCCUGCGGCUCAAGAUCAAGCGAGGCUACGAGCUGGACGCCGAGGACGAGGAGGAGGAGAAGCGUGUGCCCACGCUCGAGGAGGAGGUGGCGCUGAGGAGCAACUUCCAGGCCCUGCCGGACGGCGCCUGGAUAAUCAUGGGCUCCACACAGCUGCCGCAUCUGGACGAGGAAAUGGCCAAGCUGGGCGGCCUCCUGUCCGCCGUGGUGGCCGUGGCGGUGUCCGCCAAAUAUAAGCUCUCCACGUGGAACGCGGAUCUCAUUGAAUUCGCGCUGGAGUCGGCUAACAGUUUCGGCGAGGACUACCAGAACUACGAGUACAUUCUGGCCUGUCUGCUGGCCAAGAAGCUGCCGGACAUCGCCAUCGGGGCGAGCAGCUUCAGCCUGGACGUGCCCAAGGUGGUCAAGUCCUCGAUUACGGUGCCGCUGCGGCAGGUGCUCGUGGAUCUGCUCGCCAGCCAGAACCGGCUGCUGCUCGUGUGCCAGCGCUUCUCCUGCGUCAUCUUCAAGCGCUACAAUUUCCUGUACAUGUUCAUUGGGUUUCCCUGCAGUGCCGUGGGCUACCGCAAGGGUGGCUCCGGUCCGGCCUGUCUGCUGCGCUUCCUCGAGCUGGAUGCGCUGAUCAAGCGGAUCGAGUUUGGCUGCAAUCCCCUGGGCUGUUCGGUGAUGAACUUCAUUGUGGCCGGCAUCAAGGUGGUGGACAACCAUCUGGAGGGACGCUUCCGACGCUGGCCCAAGGCCGACGAGGAUGUCGAGUACAAGCAGCUGUCGGCGCGCCAGAAGAGGCUGCGCGAGACGCGGCUGGAGAAGAUGCGCUUCAUCGAUGACGAGCUCAAGAAGGAGAACGAUCGCAUUCAGAAGUUUCUCAGGGCCAAGCAGGAGCAUCGGGACCGCAAGCGCAGGAAGCGCGGCCCCGAUUAUCGGGACACGGGCAUUGACGAGGGCGCAGCGGAGGGCGAGGAGUGGGACGAGGAUCUGGGCAUGGAGGAGGAAGAGGGCGAGGAGGAGAUUGAACUGAAGCACCAGCCGGGCAAGCAGCUGCCCAAGGAGCUGAUACGCGCCUACCAGCCGCGGCCCAUCCUCUACGGCUACCGCAUGCGGGAGAAGGACUGCCAGUUCAAGAUCCAAGGCAGCACCGCCCUCGAGGGCCGCGACGAGGGCACCUUCAAGGAGAUCAAGCCCUGCUACUUCGCCUCCGCCCUGGCCAUACUCAGCUGCUCAAUGCGUCCGCUGAAUCGCUGGAACUCGUACCGGGUCGAUCGGGUGAUCACCAAUGCCAAGGCGAUAGCCGGCACCGUGUGCGAGCUGGAGUCGGUCUUUGAGCGCGUCGUCCGGCAUGUGACGGUGGAUGACUACGAGUUCGACAUCUGGAUUCGCGGCUUCGAGCCGCCGGGCAUGGCUGGGCCGACCCAAAAGCAGCAAUCGCCGGCCAUGGCCCUCACCACGCUGAAGAAGAGACUGGACAAGUCGCUGAACACGCGCAAAUAUCUGCUGAUAUUCACGGCGAACGGCAGCUAUGCGCUGUACCAUGACGAGUUCUUCCAUCUGUUCGAUCCGUAUGGCAGCAUGGAGAAGGCUGGCGGCGGGGAGGAGGAGGAGCAGGACACUGGCAACGAGGAGGAGGGUGGCAAAAAGAAAAAGUGCCCCAAGGGACCCAAGCGCUAUCCGGAGCGCAACACCGCCUCCUGGGUGCUCUUCGGCGACUCGGAUGCCCUCAUCAAGUACAUUGACGAGCGUUGCGGCGCCAAGGACUGGAAGGAGAAGUGCAUGUACAAGUUCUAUGUGGUGGACAUUCUGUCGCACAAGAAGGCCGCGCCGAAUGCCCGCAUCCUGCAGCUGCUGACGGAUCUCUCCAUACCGAUGACCUGCUCGAACAAGCACUACGGCAGCCCGGAGUACGAGAUCUGUGCCACCAACGAGUCGCUUGGCUGGCUGGAGCUGGAGAACUGCCUGCCGGUGUGGAGCCGUCUGAAUCGCCGCAACACGGCCGGCAAGUAUCGCAAUCUGCCGGUCAGCAAACUCAAGAAGUUCGACGUGGAGAUCGAGGGCCGUCUGUGGUCAUUGUGGGGCAACCUGCAUCCGGAGGCGCCUGUGUUCGAGGAUGAGUUGCGUGGUCGCCAGUACCUGGCCUGCUAUGUGAUGGCCUGCUGUGCGGCGAGCGUCUACCGGCUGAUGGACUGGAGUCCCCACAUGCUGGACAACAUCGUCGUGAGCGGCACCACCUACUUCAAGGAGAGCGUCGAGCAGAUCAACAAGGAGGACUACGAGUUCUCGCUGGAGAACCUCAACAUUGACUGCUCCAUGGAUGCCAUCAACUUUGUGGUGCACAUCGAGCACGUCUGCUACGGCAAGCUGUACCGCGUGCCCACCUUCAAUCGCAUGAAUCUCGCCGAGGCGCUGAUCUACUUCUUCAGCCACUACCAGUACGGCAUUGUGAUGGUGCGCAAGCGUGCCCUGGCCAUUGGCUUCUGUCCGGGCCACGAUGGCGGCUACUUCAUGUACGACUGCCAGGAGAAGGAUCAUCCGCUGUUCCCCAAGCAGCAGGGCGCUGCCUACAUGCUGCGCACUCGACACCUCCAGGUGCUGCUCUACUGCAUUGUGGUGACGCUCAAUGUGCCCUUCUACAACAUUGACUUCAGCAUUCACAAGGUGGAGAUGCUGCGCGAGGGUGCCACGCUAGAGAACGACGAGGAAGAGGGAGGCUAAGGGCAGAUUGUACUUUGGCUCGAGGAUUGUUUAAAAGUUUAACCAUUAAAAUUGUUGGAGAAAGAACCACA